GUCCGAACACGUCUGUAGGUAACAGGACAUUGCUUCGUAAUUUGCCUGGUAAUUCUUGUUGAUCAGAAAUGUCAGCCAUGAACAUUCUGGCUGUCAUGUCACUUUUUCUUGUGUUAGGUUUGUAGUUACUUCUUAUUCAUUUCAAUUAACAUUUUCUAAAUUAAAGUGACAACGUGUCGCCUCAAGGUUUUUUCCAAUGUGUUGUCUCAAUGUGUUGUCUUAAUGUGGUUUUUCAACGUGUUGUUCCAAUGUGAUGUUCAAAUGUGUUUUCGCACUGUGUUCUUUCAAUUUGUUAUUCCAAUGUGUUGCUUCACAGUGCUGUUGCAAUAUUUUGGUGUAAUAUUUUUUACGAUGUGUUGUGGCAAUGUUUUUGCCUACAAAUUUGAUAGGAUAAUUUUUUUAACUAUUCAUUGCUUAAAAUUACAAUGUUUUGUGACCCCCCAAAAAAUAUUGUAAUAAUCCUGUGAUAAUGUUUAUCAACAAAUGAGUCAUAGUCAUAUGGACUUCAUAGAAAAGUCUUUACAGUUAGUAGAAAUCAAUAGUUCAAUAGGUUUAUUUAAGAAUUAGCUGUUACAAAAUCAAUAUCUAAGACCACAUGUUCUCCUAGGCCAACAAUAGAAUCCUCCCUGAUUAACUAAUGAUGUGCGCUAAAAACUAUGUAAACAUGUUAACCAACGUUAAAUUUACGUGGAGCUUAUGUGAUAUUUGUGAUGAAAAGGUUUGUUGAUCAUUCUUCAAAUGCAAAAAAUGGAAAAUUGUAUCAUGGAUGCGUCUAGGCAGUUGGCGGUUUGAAUCCUAUUCGAGCCGUGAACACCAAUCAGCAUGUAGGGCACACUUGUUUUUGGUCCACGUGGGAUCUAUUCUCUUGGUGUACGCUUUGUUUGUGCGUGGAGCAUUAUUUACUCUUUGAAAAGUAUGCUCCAGCAAUGCUUCUUCUCGAGCAAUGCGCCUUCUCCAUCAAUGCGCCUUCUCCAUCAAUGCGCCUUCUCCAUCAAUGCGCCUUCUCCAUCAAUGCGCCUUCUCCAUCAAUGCGCCUUCUCCAUCAAUGCGCCCACUCCAGCAAUGUGCCUCUCCAGCAAUACGCCAACUCCAGCAAAGAGCCAAAUACAGCAGUGAACUUACAGUAAAUUUUAACGUAAAAAUAGUUGCAUCUUUCCUCACUUGCUGUACAUUAAAAAAAAAAACAACAAAAAAAAAGUUUGUUUUGACAACACGAUGUACUUUGAAAAUUUUAGAUUCGCAAAUCGUGGCAUCUUUAACCUGCUUUAACUGCGAUGGUCAUGGUCAUCCCUUCCCUGCAUGCCUUGCAGCACCCAUCACGUGCCACCCUGGAGAGGUAAGGGGUUAACGUGUUCGUAUAGAUGUGUUGAUAUAAUGAUGGGCGGAGCUAUACAAUGACAUAUGAGACAGUGACACAUGCUACAAUGACACAUGCUACAAUGACACAUACUACAAUAACACAUGCUACAAUGACACAUGCUACAAUGACACAUGCUACCAUGACACAUUCUACAAUGACACAUGCUACAAUGACACAUGCUAAAAUGGCAUAUACUACAAUGACACAUACUACAAUGAUCUAUACUACAAUGACACACGCUACAGUGACACAUACUACAAUGACACAUGCUACAAUGACACAUGCUACAAUGACACAUGCUGCAAUGACAUAUGCUACAAUGACACAUGCUACAAUGACAUAUGCUAAAAUAGUAUUCGCCUUUGGGAUUAUAGGGUGUGGGUGGGGUGGUAAAAAUGGUGAUUGGAGAUAUCGGGAUACUUGCAGAAACUAAGACUGUGUGAAGUCAGAGAGAGAGAGAGAGAGAGAGAGAGAGAGAGAGAGAGAGAGAGAGAGAGAGGGGAGAGAGAGAGAGAGAGAGAGAGAGAGAGAGAGAGGAGAGAGAGAGAGAGAGAGAGAGGGGAGAGAGAGAGAGAGAGAGAGAGAGAGAGAGAGGGGAGAGAGAGAGAGAGAGAGAGAGAGAGAGAGAGAGGGGGGAGAGAGAGAGAGAGAGAGAGAGAGAGAGAGAGGAGAGAGAGAGAGAGAGAGAGAGGGGAGAGAGAGAGAGAGAGAGAGAGAGAGAGAGAGGGGAGAUAGAGAGAGAGAGAGAGAAAGUAAGAAAGAAAGAUUAGGCGGGAAACGAUUAGAAAAUAGAAUAAAAUAGCAAGUGAGAGAGAGGGGAGAGAGAGAGAGAGAGAGAGAGAGAGAGAGAGAGGAGAGAGAGAGAGAGAGAGAGAGGGGAGAUAGAGAGAGAGAGAGAGAGAGAGAGAGAGGGGAGAUAGAGAGAGAGAGAGAGAAAGUAAGAAAGAAAGAUUAGGCGGGAAACGAUUAGAAAAUAGAAUAAAAUAGCAAGAACGUAUGGAUUGGCGAUUCAGCUUGUAGAGUGAGCGACAGAGAGAGGCCGAUACACAAACACACACACACACAGAGCGAGAGAGAGAUAGAAGAGAAAAUUAUAUGAUUAUUUUAAAAAACUUAAUUCAAAUUGUCCAAAGAAAAGUAGGAAUGAAAUAUGGAGAUUAUAUAAUUAAGACUAAGUUAGGUGCCUUUUGAAUGCUGAAAGAGAAGCCUACUUUAAUUACAAAUGGCAAGCCUACUUUGAUUACUCAUGGCAAACCUACUUUGAUUACCCAUGGCAAGCCUACUUUAAUUCCCCAUGGCAAGCCUACUUUAAUUACAAAUGGCAAGCCUACUUUGAUUACCCAUGGCAAACCUACUUUGAUUACCCAUGGUAAGCCUACUUUGAUUACCCAUGGCAAGCCUACUUUAAUUCCCCAUGUCAAGCCUACUUUAAUUACAAAUGGCAAGCCUACUUUAAUUACCCACGGCAAGCCUAUUUUGAUUACCCAUGGUAAGCCUACUUUGAUUACCCAUGGUAAGCCUACUUUAAUUCCCCAUGGCAAGCCUACUUUAAUUACAAAUGGCAAGCCUACUUUGAUUACCCAUGACAAGCCUACUUUGAUUACCCAUGGUAAGCCUGCUUUAAUUACUCAUUGCAAGACCCCUUUAACUACCCAUGGCAAGCCUAAUUUAAUUUCAAAUAGUAUAUAAUAAUUUCAAAACAACUUGCUUCCAAUUUCACGUAACCUGGACACAAGUCAUGCGAACCCCUCUAUAGUAGGACAGGUCAUCCUUUCUCGUUACAUUUGAUUUUACUGUAAGCCUUGAAUGGGCAAAAAAAAAAAAAAGGGUACGUUUCGAUUUUUGUUUCCAGGUUCUUGCUUCCAAUUUCACGUAACCUGGACACAAGGCAUGCGAACCCCUCUAUAGUAGGACAGGUCAUCCUUUCUCGUUACAUUUGAUUUUACUGUAAGCCUUGAAUGGGCAAAAAAAAAAAAAGUGUACGUUUCGAUUUGUGUUUCCAGGUGUGUUCAGUGGUCUACGGAAGUGGUCAGCCAGUGAUGAAAUGCAUGAAAGAACUGGUAAGUCCACCAAAACGCUGACAAGUUUCUUGACUCAUGAUUUCAUUAAAACGUUUAAAAACAGGCGUAAAUAAAAUAACAAUAGUCGCCAUGGAGGGAUAAUCAAGUUUUUUAAAUAUUUUUUUCAAUAGAAGACUUUUUAUGAUUUUUACUUGCCAUAUAAACACAAUAAAGAUUAGUAUAAACAAGUUGCUUCUAAAGCUAGAUCCCAUCAAACAUUUUUAGAUUUAAUUAUGUUAGUGUUAUUCCUUUUGUUUGUGUCACACUUAUUCAUUCUUUAAAAAAAAAAAAGCCUAGAAGACAUUAUCAUUAUUAUUUAAUAAGGAAUAUUAUUAGCGUGUGUAGAGUUACCGUUGGGGUAUAUCUGGCUGUUACUUCAAGUGUAAUCAUCAUUUGGCUUGAUUAUCGGUGUGUUGGAAAGCAUGUGAAAUUUUCCUAUAGGUAACACGAAGGUAAGGCCCGCCAUUUCUGUUUUUUUUUUUUUAAAACAGGAUUGUAGCAGGAUUGUCUCCAAUUCUCUUGGAGCAUGCGCAGGAGGCGGGGUUAAAAUCCAACAUGACAGAUGCGAGCUUUGCUGUCACACGAGUGACUGUGUCGAUGACGUAGUACUCCACAUACAACAGACAAUCGGUAUGUUUACGUAAAACGUCAUUUAGAUCAGAGAACUAUGUGAUUAAAAAACAACAACACAACACGAUAUUGGGCCAUCUCUUCACACACCAGCAAUCGCAUCACAUACGCUCAAAUGUAUCACAUAACAAAAAUUAUCUCAGGCGCCCAAUCCUAUCACACAAUCAAUUACACCCCAACGCUAUUCGAUGGCAUAAAGUGUAAACAAUCCAAACAAGGAUGUCGUAAAAUCCCUGAUCUAGAUGUCCUCAACUAACUAAUAAAACCUCUCUCCAUCUAUAACAGUGGUUCUCAACCUUUCUUGUGCCGCGACCCUCUAAUACAGUUUCUCGUGUCGUGGCGACCCCCGGCCACAUAAUUAUUUUUCUUGCUACUUCCUAGCUGUAAGGAUAUGUGUUUUCAGAUGGUCUUAGGCGACCCCCUGGGAAAGGGUCACGCGAAACCCAAGGGGGUCGCGACCCACAGGUUGAGAACCGUUGAUCUAUAAAAUAAAAAUCUCUUCUCUCCAGCUACAAAAAAAGCCUCCACAAACCAUGUUCGCUCUUUUUACUCACAAAAAAUAUAAACCACAUUUUAUUUUGGAAGCCUAAUAAUACUUUCAGUUUAACAAAUCAUUUCAUCGUUCAUACAUUUAAAUAACUAAAAUAUCUUCUUUCAUACAGCACUAGUGUUGAUUGUCAAUUAUUUCGUUGUCUGAAUGUCUUAUGAUCUUUGCAAUUUUUUCCAUGGCGUGUACUCCUUGGUCAUACCGCGGACUGGUUAGGUUCAAACAACACCAAAGGUUCAUGGUACAUAAUGCGUUCUAUUUUGACAGAGCUAAAAAAAAAAUCAACUUGGUUCACAUUGAAAAUGAGACAUGUAUUCAUGAGCAGAAAAAUAAUUUCCGCAGGCAAAAAGUUCCGCAAUCCAAUCCCAAAAUACUAUUCCGCUCUUUUGCUCGCUCUGUCUCACACACUGACUCUCUAGAUCCCUAAGCUCACUCUGACGCUCAACAGCGUCGUCUCCCAUUGUCUCAAGCACCAGUCACGCACCCGGUCCAUGACUUAAAAAGAGUUCACAACUCGUUCACAUAAAGCCAUUGUCACACCAUCACAACACACACUCUACCUCUGAUUCCAUUGACAUUAAUGAAAUGUUAAUAAAUUGUCGUACUAGACACGAACAAUUUGUGUCCAUAUAACAACACAUGUUUAGCUUUAAUAAUAAUUUUACAUAAUUCACAAGUGCACUCGUGUAUUAUGAAAAAAAUAUCAUGAACGCUAAACAUGUUGUUACAAGGACACACAUUGUUCGUGUCUAAUUAAUCUAUUUUAAAGCUUUAAGGGAGUUCAACACUCUAUAAUAAUUUGUCGCUUAUAUUCACUCACGCAUACACAUCGUAGAUCCGGGGUUGUAUUGUCCAGGGCCGUGUUCAAGGUUUGAUCUGUCCACGUGUACGACAUCUGGUACACAAUGUCUUGCAGGCCAGGUAGGUCUUAAAAUGUUAUCGAGUACACUUUUGAUGUCCAAAAACACUGAACACUUACCAAACUAAUUAGAGCGACGUUGAUGUGCUAAUGGUUAAAGCAUUUUACCCCACUAGUUAGAGCCACAUUGGGUUAAAAUACUUUAUCACACUUAUCAGAGCCACGUUGGUGUUCUAAUUGUUAAAGCCUUUUACCACACUAACUAGAGCCACAUUGAUUUCCUAGGGGUUAAAACACUUUACCACACUAAUUAGAGCCAUGGUGGUGCUCUAAUGGUUAAAUUACUUUACUACACUAAAUAGAGUGACGUUAGAGUUCUCGUGGCUGAAACACUUCAUUACACUAAUUAAUGUCACUGUGUUGCUUUAGUGGUUUAAGUAUUUUACUACAAUAAUAAGAUCCAGUUGGUGUUCCAGUGUUUAAAAAAUAAAUAUACUAUUCUGAAAAUUAUGCUAAAGUACCAUGACAUUUUAAGGAACGAUUGACAAACUCACUCACUGCUCAUGUUCCCAUGUCUACAGUUUUGUCGUGUCACUGUCAACGAUCAUUAUGUCAUCCAUGGACAGUGUUUGAACAUCCACGAGCACCAGGUGAGUAGACACCCUAGGCUCAAGACACCCUAGGCUCAAGACACCCUAGGCUCAAGACACCCUAGGCUCAAGACAGUCUACGGUCAAAGAAGCUAAUGAUAAACUAUACUUUAACGGAAGGAAUAAUUAUAAUUGAAUAACUCUUUAAUAAAGUUAUCAAGUUUUGUACAAGGAUAUAUCCAAAGUCAUAAAGUUAUUACGUUGAAUACAAGUAUUUAUCAAAGUUUCCCAAGUCAGCAUAGUCACACAAAAAAGUGGAUACGCCCAGAGGCAUCACUAGUUUUGGUGUCACACGAUACAGUAAAUUCCCUUCACAAUCACCCAACCCCCUCCCACUCAUUCGGUAUCCCCAACACCCCGAUAAUUAUUAACUAUAUCAUAUAGAAUACCUUAUAGUAUUGUUUGUAAACUAAGUAAUUAAGCAACGACAAGAAAUACUUCCGGAGCAAAGGCAGAACUUGAUAUACACUGUGUACAAAAUGCAUCAACAUUACUUACUAUGGCAACAUUAAUGUCUACAGUUAAACUUCACUUUUCUGGUCUUCAAAGAUAGAGACCUUUCAUUUACUUUAACAAGUUAACAUUGUUCAUCUUAUCACUUAACUGACGAAAACUAAAGACCAGAUAGAAUGACGCGUUUGCUGGUGGAUCACCAAUAACUCUUUAUACGUUUCAUUUUUGAAAAGAUUCUCAUCUAUGACAGCUUAAUUUUGUGGGAUGUUUGUAUUCUUGCAUAGCACAGCUGCAGCGAACCAAAUGAAUUCUACGGCCACUGCAGUAAAGACUCGAUGUAAAAAAGAAAUAGUUCAUUUUUCAAUAUCUUUAUAACUGUUGCGCAUAAAUAAUAAUCCCAAUACUACCCCCCCAACCCCCCCCCCCCCAAAAAAAAAGAAAAAAACAAACAUUUAAAUUUAUUCAUGAGACAGAUAUUGAAAUACAAAAUAGAUCAACAACAACAAAUACUUUGAGAACCACCUAAAUUUGUGUUUAUAUUGAUGUAUAUUUGUGAGUUGAAACUGUAUUGAUUUAUAUCUUAAGAAAUCUCUUGGGUCAGAAUCAUUGACUAGAAAAAAAACCACCAACUGAAUCCCAACAAUACAUCUUUUUAGAAAUGUUUCUAAUUUACAAAAUCAGAGAUCGAAAUAGAAACCAGAGGGCAAGAGUAAAAACAAAAUUUGUCUGUGUGACCACACAGAAUCCAUGAAAUGAUUCUAAUUGCCAAAGAAAUUUCUACUUCACAGAAAUGUAUUGAAGACCAGGCCAAGCAUCCUUGUUUGAAUGUAGACGGACACGGGGGAAAUUGUGUGUUGGACUGCUGUCAGACAGCUUCGUGUUUCGAACAGCACUUCGGGACUAACACGAACAACGCUGUUGGUGAGUGUUGUCUCAGACAGGGGUGCGUAACCCCCCUACCCCCGAGUGGCUGAAAGAAAACCCUUUUCUUUCCCCACCUUUCCCCCCCCCCUUAGAUAUUUGAAUUGGUAAAUUAUGUAAGUUGAACAUACUAGACUUACUAUUGGCUGUUUAAUUUGGGUGUUCACCAUGAACAAUAGUACUAAUGAUUAAUGAUAUUCAUAGCAAAGAAGUUAUAAUUUCGCCGACAUCUCGGUAAAUCUUUACAUUCAGGAAUUCCGUUUAUACAUCUAAUAAUUUUUUUAAAGAAAUAAAUUUAAGUAGGCUUAUUAUUUUAUUUAUGUAUUAUAUCUUAAAAGUCAAGCUGUAUUGGGGCCAACGGAAGGAUGUGCGAUCAAAAACAUUUGUUAUUCAAAACCAACUGAUUUCAGUUCAAAUUCCAGCCUAGGCCAGACAAAUCACAUAGACAAGAAUUACACAACCCCCUCUAAUAAUAUAUUACAUAUAUGUAUAUUUUCUUUUCCUGUACUUUUUUUUUACGCCAAGAAAUUUAAAAAAAGCAACUGGUGUAUUUUACACAAACCCCUGCCCCACGUGUACACGCCCCUGGUGUUUGACACCCGAUGAAAGCAGAAUAUUUACAUUAAAAGCUAAGUUAAAAAACUGGAGUCAUUGAUUUCAUUAAUGGCAUUGAAAGUGACGGAGUUAUCACAAGAGGAUAUUUCAGGACAAGUUGUCAAUCUGUCUUGGGAGCCAAUGCAUUUUGUUUCAUACCAUUUUAAUUUAUUGUCUCUAUUGUUAGGACACAAUAAGACUCAUUACAUGUAUAUUUAUUUCAACAACAUAUAUUAAGUUUUUUUGUUUUUUUUUUUGGAAACAAGGUGGCAGUGUUUUGCUAAAGAUUGGAUCAAAAUGUAACCGUGAAGUGAAGCAUUAUUGUAAGAAAUGUUAGUAGGAAAGAUUGGAGCUUGGUACUAACAGGCUAUACAAACCAAAAGUUGUAAAUUAAAAUCAAAAGAAUCACACAUUUAGAUUUGAAACAAUAUAUACGGAAUACAUACUAUUGUUUGCAAAUCAUAUGUGUAUACAUUGUUAUGUAGUACACUUACACUUACCCGGGGAACACAACUACUGGGCGCGUCCUGCGUGGGCAGACAAGGGAUGUGCUCGGCACCUGACGUACAUAAAACAGCUCCUACAGGGCUGUCAGUUGUGAUAUUUUCCAACUGGAACAAUAGGCAGAGACAGGGUAGGGAUCAUGAUUACAAGAUAGCGUUAAUGGGAAUGAGGUGAGAGGCGAAGGUGGUACCCUCUGGCCGAUGAUUCUUACUACGCAGCCCUGAGAAGCUGCUCUAAGGCAACCGUUUCGUCCCAGCUGCAUCGCGAAUUAGUUGAGUUGUGGAAAUCCGCUGUAGAAUCCCUCUUAUAGGGCGUCUAACGCUUUCCCAGGAUAGGUGGGGGAAGAUAUUGGGACGUACAUUUUUCCAUCCCAACUCCUGAGAAAGUCGAUCGUAUGCACUGUGUGCAAACACAGCGUCGGACCGACCGGGUGUCUUUGGGUUGGUACGGCCCCCGGCGAAGACCCUGGUCGAGCAGACUCGGGUGGAAGCCUGACAAAGGGACAUCCCCGACGUGCCGCUCCGCGGCCCGAUACCGGGUUGGGAGGGGUGUUUCGAGGAGGGCAUAAAGAGCGCAAGCUCGACGGUCCACUGACGCAAUUUCUUGCUGUAACAUUUCAGUACACUUUUUCCCAGUGCGUGAACUUUCUUUGACCCUGCAUUAGACUCCUAGCAGACGGUAACGGUUGUUGUGGGCGUGGUUUAAUCUCUUUGAUGCAUCUUGUUUACUACCGACUUCCAAUUAAACAUGGUUAGUAGGUCUACUAGUAUCUUGUCGAAGGUUCUCGAUUGUUUUAUAAAAGUAAGGGCGUUUGUAGACGCGACUGUAGACCCACAUAUAUAAGGGAUUGACAGGCACAGAGAGAGAGACGGAGAUGGAUAGAUAUCUUUAACUUCACGAGAUGUGUAUUAUUCUUUGUGUAGUUAUAUGUGUUUAUUCGCAUUGAUCAUUCAUCAUUAUUCAUUGGCACAUUGUACUAACUGUGUUUAACUGUGUACCGGUACACGAUCUACCAUACUGUAAGUUGAUGAUUUGUAAUGAUAUUUCUUUUGUUUUUUAAUUGUAUUAUUACUAAAUUAAAUCUUAUUAAUUGUUAUUGGUAUUUUUUGGGGUGUCGUAAUUUUGUUAUUGUAUUUAUCUAUUAUAUCGUCCUUUGCUGUGCACUGUUUGAGCGAGCCAUAACUUAAAACAAGAGAUUAAUUUCUCACAAAAUAUAGCUUCAUAGGAUUAUCCAGUUAAAAUUUUUACGUGAUUUUCAUAAAACAUUAACAUAUUUCUAAACAUUUGUGAGGUAGCCACAGGCCCAUCCUGCCCUGGCACGUGCUUCACAGAAGAUGGCGC